AUGUUUUCGUCCUGGGGAGCAGCGAAGGCCCCACCAUCUACAUCGGCCGCUAGAAUACCGGCCCCACCCCCACCAACCCGCCAGAGCCGCAUCCGCGAGCUCUGGGCGGGCUUCGAGCAAUGGCACGCCCAGGCUAAGGGCGCGGCCGACGCGAAGCGUGUCGAGGCGUACAAGACCCUCGACAAGAGCCACAAAUCCAACAAAAAGAAUAAGGCCAGCAAGGCCGAGCACGAGAAGGCGAAGGAGCAGAAGGCGCGGGAGAUCGAGACCGAGCUCGUCCACAGCGCGCGCGACGAGUGGAUGCGGCGGCUGAGCGAGAACAACCUGCGCGCGGAGGACUGGGACGACAUGUCCGUCGCGGAGACGCGGGCGGUCGAGAAGCUCCUCGGCGACCGCUACGAGGAUACGACGCCGCUGGCUGCGCCGGCACCGGCGGCAGCGGGUAGCCCUCGUGGCGGUUUUGUCCUCGUAGAUCCGAAGGCGCUGUCUGAUGACGAAGGGGACGAGGCGAAGAAGGUGCGUAGUCUACGGCGUCGCCAGCGCACACAUCCCUAA